AAAGCGCUAAAAGAAGAGGGAGAAAAACAGCGCUGAAACCCUUGGAAAAGUGUUCAAAUUUGGUGAAAUAUCAAAUUUGAGAUCAAGUGCAGCAGAAUGCAGUUGUGAAUUUGUGCACUUGUGACGUGAUUCGGCCACUCCGCGCCCCCGGGAAAGCAGCGAUGUCUCCUGUGCCAGAGAUUCAGCCGGACUCUGGAGACAAGGGCGAGUGCAGCUCGGGCAGCGAUCACACGGAAGAGAGCGUGAAUCUGCAGGACUUUGUUGUGGUGCCGAAGCAAAUCUCUCCAGGCUCCGAUUGUCCGUCUGAGAAUCCUGAGAAUGAGGACUUGGAGUGCUACAGCGAUGCCCAGCUGAGGGCGAUCCUGGACGAGGCAGUCACUUACAAGCGUCUGAGCGCGACUCCUUCUUCUGACCACUGUGACUUCAGCGGAAGUCUCCGCAGAGCUAAGGAAAUUCGCGCUGCAGAGAUCAAUAAGCGGCCCCUGUGGCUGGACGCGCCCAAGAAGCCAGAGGAGAGUCCUGGGAAUCCCUUCGUGCCCAAAACCAAUCCCUUCCGCACGACGAACGUCAAUGUUGAGGAGCAGCCGCCGAAGCAGAGCGGUUCGGCCCGCCGAAGGGCCCGGAAGGCCGCGGCGGAGGCUGAGAACAUCCCCGUGAAGAAGGAAGUGCGCAAGGAGGGCAACGCCAUCGUGAGAAACUCCCAGGAAAUCGUGGGCUUUCGCGGGAAUGACAACAUCGACGCCCUGCUGAGGUUCAUCGAGAGCUCCGACGCGCCGGCGGCGAAGAAGCCGCCGCGGCCGAAGAGCCAGAAGAAGACCAAGAAGCCAAAGAAGCCAGAGCCCAAGGCCAAGGAGGAGGAAAAGGCGCCGGAGAAGCCCGCCGCGCGGGAGGAAGUGCGCCUGUCGUCCGGGAAGACGUCGCCCAGCCUCGAGGCCGGCGACUUCCGCGUGGUGACGACGAAGAAGAAGAAGAAGCCAAAGAAUUGAGCUCAGGGAAUUAUUGCCAUUGCUUUUCAUCCCCCUUUUCCGGAAUCUCUGUUACAAUUUUUUCGCCUAAAAUCAAAGUGAGAGAGAGAAAGAAAUUGUAUUAAUAAAAGUGGGUUUUAUUCAGCAACA